AUGGUUUUUGGUAGACGCAAGAACAGAUCCGUGGAUCUGUCGUUGCAGGACAGCAAUUACCAGCCCUUCCCAAAUCCCAACUCCCUAAAGCCACAACCGUCUACGGGAGGACAAAACACGCCAAAAAAAACACCGCCUUCCCUGCCGCCUCAAUCGCGGCCGCGGCCUAUUCCUCCUCCUCCAGCAGCCCAGAAGCCCACGAUUAUCAAUAAUUACUACUAUGUAUCGCCGCCACCACAACCAGGAAACGUUGCGCCUCCACAGCCCCAGCAAAUCCCACAUCCCUAUUUGAGUCCUCGGUCUUCACUCACGAGGGCGUCCCUGGAAAACAGACCUUCGUCGCACUCCUCCCACGCGCAACGUCCGCCCUUGCUGGCAAAGGCCCCCAGCACGUCGUCUGAGGAGUCCGAGAUCUAUUCUUCGCCAUCAUUGGCCCGUCUCGACCUACAUCCUCGGCUGCCCCACAUCGACCUCGACGACCCAGUGCCCGACCCGCAAGUACCUAAUCUGUUGAGCCUGCUCUCGCGCAUGGGUCCAGACUCGAUCUCUGUUCAUAAUCAGCAACUUUACGACGCAUUCUCACGGUUUGACAAGGACUCCAUUGAUUACGAAGAUUUGCGACAGCUGCUCAUCAAUCCAGAAGGAACAUAUUUCAGAUCUGACAGUGCCAGACGUCUCUGUAACACGUUUGUGUCCACCACCUCUGAGUUGGAGUUUCGAGAUUUCAUCAGAUUGUGCAAAUUCCUCAAAGGAUGCUACGAUUCAUUCAAAUAUCACGACUCGGAUAAGUCAUGCUAUUUAGAGCCGGCAGAGUUCGCCAAGUCGCUCAGAUACAACCAGAUUUCGUGUCCGGACAGUCUGCUGCAGCAGAUAUACAGGAACUCGCCCAACCUGAACCUCGAAGCCUACGUUCUUGCAGUGAUCCUGAUCCGCAAGCACGAGCGCGAGCACCUCUACACCAGAUAGCAUAAAAAGUUUUCAGCUGCGAAAAAAAAACUUCACCUUUUCCAUGAGUGUAAGUACUUUUUGAAAGCAGCAUAUGAUGAAUACCUGUUAUUAUUACUUUUCUUUCUGGCAUCUCUAAUGUUAGAGCUUCCGGCUCGAUGAAUAUAACCCUUGACACCUAUCUGAAGCUGCGUUUUCCAAAAGUUGACUAACAUGUUAGAGCUACGGUUUCCACAACUUGCCAGAUCCUCUGGGAGCAAACGUGAUUUUCCUGUAAUCCUGUGUUUUCACCAUGCCCGGCUUUUCGUUCGCUGCUUUUGGCAGGUCGAUGGAGGUUGGCUGUUCCAGAAACGCUUGCAUCUGGUUCAUGCUCAGUACUUUGAACCCGAAACACCGGAGCCAUGUAGUAGUGAUAGGGUCCUCGCAAACGAGCACCCAGUCGAUUCUCGACUUGGGUUUCCGCUUCUUAUUUUCGACGUACUGUUUUUGAAUGCACGAGCGGAUCAGGUACCUUAGUCGAGGAGGGACCUUGGCCUUUUCAUGCUGAUUGGUAUUUUUUGUAAUGUCCUCCUGCUGUUCGAACGCCGUGUUCAACGAGCGCAUAGCCUUGUUCCGAGGCUCUUGAUAUAGUCCGUAGCCGCUAGCCACUGCCGGUAUCUCUCGUACCAAGGGUGUGCGUUGUCUGUAGCUUGAAGCUUUUUUCCAGUCUGGGCCUGCUUCUUCUGGAGAUUCCAGCAGAAACUGCGAAUUACGCGGAUUUUGGGUAUCGGCGGGGUCUUCGGAUAUUGCCGCGUCAAUCACUCUAAUGCUUUCCCGGGCAUUUCGGGCAACAACAGGAUUGAUCGAGCGUUUGAGGAAGUCAAGUUCUCUCAGUGUAUAGUUGGGAACAAAAACCGUAAGGGAGUACUCUGUCUGCCACUUACUGAGUCUCGAGAUUCCUCCGUACACCAACGAGCUUGGAUCAACAAUGAUGUGGUGUCGUAUUUGGUUGGUUAGCUUGUCAUUGCUUGACAUUCCAC